AUGGGUCGGGAUACUGGCUAUUUUAGAGCCAAGUAUCAAAUUGGACAGACGAUACGACCAGAGCCACGAGCUGAUACAGACUACCGGCAUGAGCCUGCGGCGGAGGAGUUCUACUCCUCCGACCAGGACGACGCCGACGCGGAGUUCGUGCGCGACACAUUCGGUGAGUCUCGAGGAGGGGUCUUCCGACGCCGUGCUUUGCUGCCCCGGGUGUUUCACCCCUAUAUGCUACAAGUGUCGGAUGUAAGUGACCCCGGCGGCUGUCGGUGUCAUGUGCCUGCAGAAACUCCUCCGGCAACUUCGAAUCCAAAGAGGCGGAUGGCGCUUGCACAGUCCAUGAGAUUUCCGCAGACAACCUGUUCAGUAACAAGCGCCGCGCUGACGACGGAGCGCUGUCGGAUGACGGUCACGUGGCGCGGUGCGAUGAGUGUCGACAUGUCGUUGCCUUUGUGGACGACAAAGGCACCUAUCACUUCCGACGGGUCAUCGCCAGUCCGCCGUGAGCGCGCGACCCCAGCCGUCGGGGUCGCGGCAGCCUGCACACUAAUAUCAUACCACCCUAAAAUGCAAUAA